GCGGGCUAUGGCGGAAAGUGGAUGGGGAAAGAAAUGACCGACUGCUAGGUUUAGCUUCGUACGGUUCAGCUGGACGGCUCAUGCAUGAGGAAACAGAUCCCAGAUCAGACGGUUAAAGCUGAAUAAAACGGGCACUGCUGCAACACCACAAUGCAGGAUUCGACUCCAUACUGUGGCUAUCCACCCAACUACUGGUACGCUCCUGCGGCCGGGCCGUACAGCAACGCCUACCCUUCUGGGGCCGAGAUUAACGGACAAGCACCGUAUAAUCCACAGGCGAUGCCGGCGUAUCCAAAUGGAGUGUAUAACCCGGGUCAGUACGCACCGAACGUGCUUCACCCUUCCAAUCCGUUCUACUGCAGCGAGCAGAUGCCCCCCAGGCAGCCGCAGUACCACAGUCAGGACCGAACCCCGGCCAGCUCCCCUCAGCCCCCGUACCCUGUUCCACACUGCCAGGCGGCUCCUGGAUACCCACCCAGCUCGUACCAACCCUACGGAGACGGCUGCACCCCUACUGCCCCCUACCCCGGCCAGCAGCCUGUACCGUCUUGUCCUCAGCCUGAUCCCUGGCCUCAUUCAGCAGGAUAUGGACCCCAGACGCACUACUCCAACCACACACGCCCUCCACACCCUCCGCCCUGGCACGGGCCCGCCCCUCCUCCAUACGACCACAUUAAGCACAAAGAACCACCGUAUCCAGGUCAUCUGAACAACCGAAACCAAACGAAACCUCGACCCAGCACACCCAACUCCAACCUCACCCCUAACUUGCCUCCAAACAAGCCAGUGGAGUUCAGCUCCCCGCCUCAGAUCUACAACAAGACGUCCUCCGGAGGCGGAAACCAGCCCAAACCAGCUCCGCAGCAGAGAGACCCUCCCCCACAUGUGCCACAACAUCAGAUGGGCGAGAACCCGGGUCUGGCUCAGGUGCAGGAGGUCCUGGCCAGGGUCCAUCUGCUGCAAGAUGACGUGGACGAGUUUGUGGGCAGAAAGACGGACAAGAGCUACUGUUGUCUGGAAGAGCUGCUCACCAAAGAGCUGCUGGUCCUGGACUCUGUGGAGACCAACGGCCUGGACGCCGUGCGCUCAGCCCGGAAAGAGGCAGUGCAGAAGAUCCAGGCCAUCCUGGACCGCCUGGAGAACAAGGCCUUCUAGAGAGCGUUGUGCCUGUGUGUGUGUGUGUGUGUGUGUGUGUGUUGAGGCUGCAGAUGUUUAUUUGUGUUUAAUAAUCUGUUUAUUUUGUCCAGGUAAAUAAGCCGUAGUUAUUACGCUCACAUCCAUAAUGUUCACGUCAUGAUUAGAUUUUGCUGAUUUUUUUUAUCAAACACAUUGUUCCAUCAGCACACACUGCCAUCCAGUCUGAUCACUCGCAUCUGCUUUGGCUUCUGCUGUUAAUGUGUCUCACUGGCUUCCUGCUCCUGAGUGACUCCACCCUCCUCCACAGCACUGAACACGUUUAGGCUCUGAGACAUAAAGUCCUCACGCAUCACGUUAGCUAAGCCAUCCAUGCUAACUAAAGCGUUAAAGUCGGAGGCUGGUUUGAGCUCAGCAGCUGUGCGUUUUGCUCAUUGUUUGCCGUAGAUUUGUUAAUUAGUCUUUUUAGCGCUGCCUCGUCGACUUCCUGUCAGCGUUUCCCGUCGGCCGAUCGUCUGUCUGCCGUCAGAGCGAGUGAGUUUUGUUCCGUGUGAAAAUCAGCAGCACUGAAUUCAGAAGCAGCUGUUUUUGUGUAAAGCAAUAAAUAAUUUAGUGUUUUUAAUCCUUUAACUACGUCACCUGCUGUUAUAUGUUUGGAUUGUAUUAUGUUUGUUCCUGACUGCUGUUGACGCUCAGACGCUUCGUCUCCAGUCGUGAACUGUUCACGUAAUAAACACUGUGCACUUGAAUCAUGAAACAAUGAAUGAAAUAAAGUAAUAUUUUACACCAAAACCAAUCUGCUCUAGACGUAGCGGAGUUCUCGUUCAUGGCCCCGCCCCCAUGGCUAGCUGAAGUACCGUGUCGGGUUUCCACUCACUUAACGCUUCACCGCUAUGAUUAGCUCAGUGAUACACAUUUAUUAGGGAUGAUUACGAGUACAAAUUCACAGGAAGUCGGCGAGGUCUCGUUAAACACAGCGCCGAAGCCUGCGCUCAGCGUAUAAGCAAUACUCACCGACCUUUACGCUAAACGUUUACAACGAUUUUGUUUCUUUUUCCCCCAACUUCAUGUGUGAAUCUAAAGUCUAAUCUAAAGCCAGUAUCCUGUCUAAUCUAAAGGUCUCGCAUGUUUACAAAUGAGGCCUUUUUUAAAAAGAAAAAUGUAUAAAUUUGUAUUUAAAUCGUCUUUAAAAAAAAAAGAGGGGUACAGACCCAGAAGACCAAUCAUCUUUCCUAAAAGAAAAGAAAAGAAAAGGAAAUGAACGCCGCUGUGUUUAAUACUUUGCACCAAAGUCACUUUGAGGCGUGUGUCGACGUUGUUAUAUCGUCACAUCACACUUUAAAAUGUUGUGUUUAAAAUACGAUGUCUGUGUGUGUAUCCGGGACGUCCACGGCGAGCGGCGCCGUGUUUCCUGAUCGGAUUGUUUUAUGUUCUGUGUCGUGUUGCGACGUGACGCAGCAGCAGAACUCUGACACGGGCGACACGGAAGCCUUUUUCACGUCCGUCCACAAGUUCACUGGAUUAAGUGUGUUCCUCAUUCAGACUCACACUCGUGUCUGAUGUUUGUUUGUUCUCGUUUUAUGUUCCUCUUGUUAAGUGAACAGAAUUAUAAGACCGCCAAGAAACACGCCAAACUUCCUAAAAAGGUUCAGAAUAAAGGACAGGCGAAGCCGACGACACAGAGGACUCCAUAAAGCUCCCUGGAAGGCAGGUGUGCGGAAAAUCUGUGUUUGGUAUAAAACCACAGGCACGUACUUUCACCUCGGACCCUUCAGUAGGUCUUCCUCCGCUUUCUAAAGGAAAACUGUGCCAUAUCAUCGGCAGGUGCUUUUCAUAGACGAUUAAAAAAAACAACCAAUAAUCAGUGAGAAGGUGUUGGAAAGUAUCGAGCUCUGCAUGUAUCGAACCCAGUCUGGUUUUGUUGUACCUCUGUAAUCUCUGUAAAAUCUCCUUCUAUAAAGCAGAAACUGUACAUUACACAGACUUUACACUCAAAAACUAUAUUUGUAAGUAACUUGUACACAGAGAACGAUGACACACUGGAGACAGGACCAAAACCUGCUUGCUGAGGUCUCUGAGGUACUGCAUGAGUUCUGACCCGAGACCAGGCCACUGGCCCUGAACACAAAACAGCUCCAAUAAACAAGACCCCUCAUGGUCGGUCCCUCAUGA